AUGACAAGCUCGCCUGGUUGCUGUAGUGUGAACUGCUCAAAUCACUCCCGAAAAGGCUUUCGACUAUUUGCAUUUCCACGUGAUAGCAAACGUAGUGCGAAAUGGGUGCAGAAUUGCCAUCGGGAUCACUGGGAGCCCACUGCAGCUUCACGUUUAUGUGAAAAGCACUUUGAAGACUCUCAGUUCGAACUAAGUCGAGCCGAUGGCAAAAGAAAGUUGAAACCGAAUGCUGUUCUCACCCUCUCCGAUGUCCCCAAUCCUCCUCCACAAAUUCAGACAAGGAGACUUCUUAAGGACAAAAAUAUUGCGUCUGAUGUUGAAAUGCCUCUGGAAUCUACUCAACCUCUGUGCAUCAAUGAUGAAAUGCCGACAACCUCAAGUAUAUCUCUUACAAUGAUGAAAAUACAGAAGCAAAUGCUAACAAUGAAAUAUCAAAUCUAAAACGGGAAUUAUGGCGUGCCCAAAAAGAAAUCCAACGGCUGAAAAACCAAGUGCAAAGAACCAAGGAAAUGUUACAGAAAAUUCCAUUUUUUUCUGAAGAAUUAAUUCAACGUAUAACCACAGGGAAAAAGAGGGCCGCUUGGACACCUGAAUUAAUCAAAA